CCAUCUUGGGUCUAUUGGUGCAAUGCCCGGAUCUGCCUUCAUUUCAGAUUCGUUGAAUUCAACAUCAAACUCCAGGUCAGGUUUCCCUCGUAAUACCAUACGUGUUGAGAAGAAUACAACUAAACUGAUACUGUGGUAUUUGCGACCAAAUUAUAUCGUACCCACCCAUGAAGGAGAGUUACGUCCCUUGAAGAACUGUCCAGAUUUGAACUGUCGGGAAACAACGGACGAAAACCUGAUAUCUCGAGCAGAUGCAGUUGUAUUUGAUGUUCAUUAUAAAAUCCGAGCUAACAAUAAACCGAUCAGAUACCCAGAGCAGACAUGGGUGUUUUACGCUCAAGAAUCUCCAGUUUACGUCAGGUCAAGUGUGUACAGAAUGGACAUGUGGAAGUCUUCCUUUAACUGGACAUGCACCUACAGACGAGAUUCCGAUGUAUGGUUGCCGUACGGAAUUUUCGGUAAAAACCCGAAACUGAUCGCUAAGGACUACCGUAAAAUAGCUGAGAGUAAAACUAAAAUGGCCGGUUGGGUCGUGAGCCACUGCUCAUGUCAGAGCAAGCGUGACGUGUUUGCCAAGCGACUGGUAGAGCAAGGUAUUCAAGUAGAUAUAUUUGGAGACUGUGGAAAGAAAUGCGGGAACAGAAGUAAAGAUGGAACAGAAACCUGCGAAGACUUGGCGUCCAGCAAUUAUUCAUUUUAUCUCUCAUUUGAAAACUCUCUGUGUGACGAUUACAUUACAGAAAAGUUUUUCCACAUGUAUAACAAAGAUGUGAUUCUUAUAGCACGAGGGGGGCGCCAGUUUUUAAAAAGUCUUCCGAAAGGAACGUUUAUAAAUACGGAUGACUAUACAAAUGUGAAAGAUCUGGCUGCAUACUUGAAACGGCUACACGAAAAUAAAAAUGAAUACAUCAGCAUUUUAAAAAGGAAGGAUGAGUAUAUGACAGUAGAUGAAACUUAUACCUACAAACCUACUCCAACAUUUAUAUACACACAUACCCGGUAUAUAUCAGAACCUGUGUGUGACAUGUGCAGAAAAUUAUUAGACAUUGACAAUAAUAGGAACACAUAUCCCGAUAUAUACCAGUGGUAUAACGAGAAUACUUGUGUUGAACCAACUGACCUGUAGUUGUGUGCACGAGCUGAGGUUGAAAUUUAAAUAUUGACUGUGAUCUUUCAGGUGGUAUGUCUUCUUACUUAAAAUGCAAAAUCACUGCUGCACUAAACCACUUCUCAACUCUACCUCUGCUCUAGGCAUCAAACCGAAGGCAUGUUUUCAGUUUCAAAUCAAAUCAUCUCAAUAAGGAUAUCAUCAAAAAUUCUGGCAAUCCAGAAGUCUACAGUGAAUGGUCUGCCAGACAUACCAUCAGAAGUCUACAGUGAAUGGUCUGCCAGACAUACCAUCAGAAGUCUACAGUGAAUGGUCUGCCAGACAUACCAUCAGAAGUCUACAGUGAAUGGUCUGCCAGACAUAACAUCAGAAGUCUACAGUGAAUGGUCUGCCGGACAUACCAUCAGAAGUCUACAGUAAAUGGUCUGCCAGACAUACCAUCAGAAGUCUACAGUGAAUGGUCUGCCAGACAUACCAUCAGAAGUCUACAGUGAAUGGUCUGCCAGACAUACCAUCAGAAGUCUACAGUGAAUGGUCUGCCAGACAUACCAUCAGAAGUCUACAGUGAAUGGUCUGCCGGACAUACCAUCAGAAGUCUACAGUGAAUGGUCUGCCAGACAUACCAUCAGAAGUCUACAGUGAAUGGUCUGCCAGACAUACCAUCAGAAGUCUACAGUGAAUGGUCUGCCAGACAUACCAUCAGAAGUCUACAGUGAAUGGUCUGCCAGACAUACCAUCAGAAGUCUACAGUGAAUGGUCUGCCAGACAUACCAUCAGAAGUCUACAGUGAAUGGUCUGCCAGACAUACCAUCAGAAGUCUACAGUGAAUGGUCUGCCAGACAUACCAUCAGAAGUCUACAGUGAAUGGUCUGCCAGACAUACCAUCAGAAGUCUACAGUGAAUGGUCUGCCAGACAUACCAUCAGAAGUCUACAGUGAAUGGUCUGCCAGACACACCAUCAGAAGUCUACAGUGAAUGGUCUGCCGGACAUACCAUCAGAAGUCUACAGUGAAUGGUCUGCCAGACAUACCAUCAGAAGUCUACAGUGAAUGGUCUGCCAGGCAUACCAUCAGAAGUCUACAGUGAAUGGUCUGCCAGACAUACCAUCAGAAGUCUACAGUGAAUGGUCUGCCAGACAUACCAUCAGAAGUCUACAGUGAAUGGUCUGCCAGACAUACCAUCAGAAGUCUACAGUGAAUGGUCUGCCAGGCAUACCAUCAGAAGUCAACAGUGAAUGGUCUGCCAGACAUAACAUCAGAAGUCUACAGUGAAUGGUCUGCCAGACAUACCAUCAGAAGUCUACAGAGAAUGGUCUGCCAGACAUACCAUCAGAAGUCUACAGUGAAUGGUCUGCCAGACAUACCAUCAGAAGUCUACAGUGAAUGGUCUGCCAGACAUACCAUCAGAAGUCAACAGUGAAUGGUCUGCCAGACAUACCAUCAGAAGUCUACAGUGAAUGGUCUGCCAGACAUACCAUCAGAAGUCUACAGUGAAUGGUCUGCCAGACAUACCAUCAGAAGUCAACAGUGAAUGGUCUGCCAGACAUACCAUCAGAAGUCUACAGUGAAUGGUCUGCCAGACAUACCAUCAGAAGUCUACAGUGAAUGGUCUGCCAGACAUACCAUCAGAAGUCUACAGUGAAUGGUCUGCCAGACAUACCAUCAGAAGUCUACAGUGAAUGGUCUGCCAGACAUACCAUCAGAAGUCUACAGUGAAUGGUCUGCCAGACAUACCAUCAGAAGUCUACAGUGAAUGGUCUGCCAGACAUACCAUCAGAAGUCUACAGUGAAUGGUCUGCCAGACACACCAUCAGAAGUCUACAGUGAAUGGUCUGCCGGACAUACCAUCAGAUGCAACUCUUCCACUUGGAACUGAUGUUACACUGACCACAGAAUUAUGUGCAUAGUACAGCGAUUACAGCUAUGAAACGACCUGGGCUUCUUCCGGAAAGACGUGUGGAAAUAUGAAAACAUGUAUUUCUCAUAACAACAUGUUGGUUCUAGACGAUCACAAAACUGAAGCCAUGACUAUUACUCCGUCGUUCAGGAUAUAAAGAUGCAGAAAUGAUCCCCUUGCUGUUGGUCAGUCAAUAAUAUCUUUCUCUCCAACUGUGAAAAUCAUUCUGCACUCUUGCCUUACCAUGGACGAUCAUGUGAACUACCUCUGCAAAACAUGCUAUUCCUAUCUGCAUAAUAUAGGUUCAGUCUUCCUUCUUCUAACUUAAGACGCCACUGGCACUCAAUUAGGAGAUAAACUUACUGUGUUUUGAAAUUUGAUGUAGUCCCGUUAUAAAAAUGUAGAAAUAAGCGGUAUCUGCUCUACAGUUGGAUUACAUCAAACUUCAAAACACAGCUAAACUAACAUGUGUAAGACUUAUUAGUUAGUUAGCAAUUACCCCCAGUAAAUAAUACAAAAUCAAAAUAAAUGCCUCUCCAUCCCGAACAUAGAUGUGGCAGAACUUGACCUACAUCGCCGUUAAUCACACCUCACAAUUGUCAAUGCCUGACAAUGGUGUUGUUUACAUUCUCUUUGCCCCAAACAAGUUACACUCCCGAUCUAUGAUGUGCUUCAACAGUAACCUCCAGUUUUCUUCUGGGAAUGAGCCUGCUGGUACGAUGUGAUGUCCAAUGGGACUGAACAUGACUGAACAACCAUUUUUUAGGCUGACAAGAGGAAUCUGAUUUGAUCUGUCAAUUUCAAGAUUUCACGCAUUCUACUCCAGCGUGUGAACGAAAAUUAAUGUUACAGUUGUGGCCCCAAAAUAGUGGUUCAUGUAUAAUUUUGUUAAUUAUUUGUGUUCUUAAAUGAAUAUCGUCAAGUUUGAUAAGUUGCUAUGAUCAAGUUCCCGUGCUGUGCCAGUGAUGUCAUGGCAUUUUGGGCUUUCGAGGGGCAGAAUGUUUUCUGAUUGAAUUUCAAAUCCCCUCCUGCCAAAUCAAUACGGUAUUGGUUGACAGAGGAAGCAAUGAAUAUCGACCACAAUAAGGCUUGUAAACAACAUAUUUAUGGUCAUGAAUAAAGUUUCUU